AUGCCACACACCUUGAAAGUUUUGAAGUCUAAAUUCUCACGGGCUAUUCGCUGUACACCGUACAAUGGGGACGUGCUGUACUUGACACCAUGGACUCCUUCGUACAGCGUUAUCACUCAAGGACCAGGCGUUCCAGUUGAGGAGCAUGUUACGCUCGGCGAUCUGGAAGAACCUCACCCUAAAUCACCUUGGACGUCUUCUUACUCGGUAACCGUACAAGGCAACGUUGCCCAGGCCAAUGAGGGACUUGAUGACUUGGAACAGCUUCCUCCGAGUGCUGCCCAAUCUGUUGCAGCGGAGGGAGUUGAAGAGCAACCUGUUCCGUUUGCAGAAGAGGCUCUCAUUUCUAGCCUUGGUAGUCACGCUAAGUAUUUUCAACAGCAAUUGGGUACUAUCGACCCUGACGAAGAGCGCAGUAGUUCUCCCUGGAUGCCGUCCUACUCAGUAUCUGCAGUUGAACCAGCAUCUGCGCUUGAGGAUCAAGCAGUCGCUGAGGAUAACGAGUUUGUUGAACAUGGCUCAUUUAUCAUUGAGACCCAAUCAUCUGUUUUGGUAGAAGAUGCUCAGGUCAAAUCGGACUUGGGGCUUCUGUGA